ACAGGGGGCUAGGGGGACACGCACAUAUAAAGCACAAGCGGAUUCCGAAGUGAGGACUGGAAAAAAAUAAGCGUCUCGUCCCAGCUGCCAGCACUCUGCUCUAGGAGCACGAUCUGUAUUCGCGCUCUGUUCCUGGCUCAGCCUCCCUCCUCACCCUCCUCAUUCUGCUCAUCCUCACCCUAAUCCUCCACCCGCUGCAGUCGUGCCACGCCGCGCUCCGCCGCUUCUCAAACUGACAGCCUCCUGGGAUUUCCACCCAACAAGUUAUUCCGGAUCACCUCGUUGCCAAUGUGCGAGCGCGUAUGGCGGAGCGCGGUGGUCGGGUUCAGCGCGCACUGAGCAACGAACCCACGACCACCCGAGUUCGAUGCCUGGCUUACGACUAUUGGCGAUUGGCGGCGGCGGCUGAUAUCAGAACCUGUUGCUGCGGCUUCUCCUAGAUCGACUCAGCCUGAAUACACGAGCGCCUGUUGCGGUGUGUAAACACAAGCGGAGAGACAAAGGCGACCGGACGUGCUAGUGGUGGUGGUGGAGGUCACACCACAGCAUCUCCUCGUGCGCCCUACCGGACUCCAACAGUUUGUUAAAGACUGCACGGGAACCUUUGUGGUAUGUGUACGGACAAUAAUUUACAUAGCACGCAUGCCAAUGGUAUUUUAAGCAGCUACCGCGCGCGUUGAAGAGAGGCGAGGAGGGCAACGGAGAAACGGAGAUAAGGUGGAGGAGACGGAAGAGGAGGAAGACGGAGAAGCAGCAGCAGGGGGAGAGGGGGGGCACGGCAGCAUCAUCAGCCGACGGUGCCUCCCCGCCGAUAUGAGCGCUCAGCACGAGAAGGAGAACGAGCCCCUGAGCCCAGGGGGCCCUGAUCCCCUUGCCAUGAGCGAGCCCAGCCACGCGGAGUCCCCGCUGGCCAGGCUGAGAAAGACGCUGUCCUUCAAGUCGAAGGCGCUGCACAGACGCAGCCAGAGCGACCACAACGUGCUCCAGCGCUCGGCGGUGCUGAGCCCUGCCCUUGGGAUUCCGCCGCCGCUGCUGCCCGACUCGGUCGUACGGACCCGGCGGCCGGGCAGGGCCCGCAGCGAGCCCGGCAGGGAGGGCAGCUCGCAAGGGGCAGGCGAUUACGGGGAUGAUGAUGAGCCGCGACGCCGCUGCCCUCCGACCUCGCCGAGAAUCCAGCCGGGGUGCCCCGAGCGUAGGCACUCGUUCCAGGACCACAGCUUCAAGAAGCCGACCUUUUGCGACGUCUGCAACCGCAUGAUCGUCGGCACGGACGUGCAGCCAGUCAGCAAACUGGGCAUCCGCUGCAAGACGUGCAAGAUGAGCGUGCACCAGCGGUGCCAGGCAUGCGUCAGCCAGCAACGCUGCGUCGGGAAGAUGCCGAAAGGGUUCAGGAGGCAGUCCAGCUCUCCGUUGCUUCUGAACGGGCAGUUUGCCUGCAUCAAAGAAGUCAUGCCCCUCGCGUCUGGGAACAAGCUGGACCCGGUGUACGAGGCGCUGCGCUAUGGAACCUCCCUGGCCCAGCAGAGACGCGCACAGGCGGCGGGGGAGGCGCCCUGCAGCCCGCGCGAAGACAGCGCGGACUUGUGCGAAAAUGAGGAAGAGGACGAGGACACGAACGGAGAGGGCCCCGAGGGUCGGAGGAGUUGGGCCCGGGGUGCGUGCCACACAGCAGAGGGACGGCUAAGGAAGCUGAGUCUCGAUGACAAGAGGGUAGUCUUCUCACAGGGAGACACGCUGGCAACGGAGCCCCGCCAUCACGCCGGCCUCGCCGUGUGCCCCCGAGCCGGCGAGCGGGACCGCCGGCAGCGCCGAGCGUCGGUGCCGGCGUCGGCCGCGGCCGCCCGCCGCGACUUCAGCCAGCUGUACACGUUUGUGGCGCUGCACCGGUUUGGCACGCGCGAGAAAGACGACCUCGCUCUGGAGCCGGGGGACAGACUGAGCAUCCUGGACGACUCCAAUGAGGAGUGGUGGAAGGGCAAGCUCGGGGACAGGGUGGGAUACUUCCCCGCUAACUUCGUGGUGCGCGUCCGUCCCGGGGAGCGAGUCUUCCAGGCGCUGCGCACCUUUGUGGGCAACAAGCAGCUGGGGCAGCUCACGCUCAAGCAGGAGCAGGUGUGUGUGGAGAAAGGUGGAGAAUCAAAUGGCUUCGUCAAGGUGUCCAAUGGCCGCAAAGUUGGCCUGGUGCCUCAAGAGUUCCUGGAGGAGAUCUAAAACUGCCGCUCCUGAUCAACGCUUCCAGAUCGCAGCCAGAGUCAAAUUCUCGGUCACACCUCUUGCGUGCCUCUGCCACCAUUCCACAUGGCGUCUCGAGCCCCCAAACUCGGCUACACCAACGCAACCACCUCCGCGCCAGCCAAGCCUGACGUUUCUUCCUGUGAGCUGACGCUCUGUCGUGGAUGAGUAAAACUCUCUCGUCACCUUCGAAGCCAGAGAGUGAAUGGCCACGUUGUGGGUGUGGGAGCUGCUUUUGAUGAGAACAACUUUCCAAACAGAUGUCUCCAUCAUCGGUGACAAAUUGACAAAUUGAGAGAAACAACAGCGUCACUUUGCAUCGUCGGAGACAGCGGCUGGGGUUGGCACAUCAGAGGUACAAAUAAAAACUGGGAUCAAAGAUGGAAAGAAAAAUAUAUCUCUCAAUAUGGGAAGAGGGGAGAACUGCAUGAGUGUUGUUAUUAUUAUUACGCAUCUGACAAAAUCCGAGACUAUUAAGGUCACGGGAAAAUGAUUAAUUUCCCAGGAUGGCUAUUUCAUAAAGAGGACGUCCCUGGGGGAGGAGGAGGAGGGGGGGGGGUAACAACCCCAGCAGUGGCGUCUUUCAUGGCCUAGUUUGUGACGCUCGCCAGACCUCUAAAACUUCAGAAAUUCGGCCGAGGAACAUCGCCAAAACGAGCCGAGCAGAGCUGACGACUCGCGAAGCAGGGAAGGGGCAGCGUUGUCAUGUGCAUCGUCGUCAUCGUCGACUGAAGGUGUUGUUUUACAACCCUCUAUUUGAUCUCUUUGGCGCUAACUUACAGGUACGGUGAUGUAGCACCGACAGUCGUCUUCAGAGCAGCAAGGUGAGCGGGUUCAGCCUGUCGGAGCAUAUAUUAGUGUUUUGUUUUGGUCAGAGUUGACUUGUGACUUUGUCCAAGCGGUAAACCUUUUCCCCUCUAAAUUAUUCCACGUUUCAAAAGCAGGGUAUGUAUGCAAAGCAGUCGAUGUUUCACUAGGAGAUAACACACUUUUCCAUCACGACCAAAAACAUGUUGCACUAUUAAUGUUGGAUUGAUGUUUAAAUUGAGACCAGCCUUCAAAGGUAAAAGUAAAAGUAAAUGUUAAAGUAUUUAUGGUUAACACGUCUCGAGUAAACAUAGAAUUGGUUUAAUGUGUACGGUAACAAUAAUUGUGGCCCUGAUUUCAAUUCCAGUAAAGGAGAGGGGCAGCCUAUCUUGGUGAUAGCAUCCAUGCAAUAACAUACCUCAAUACGAAUGAGAACACAAAAACAGACUGGGUAUAAAUUGUUAUGGUUUUUUUCCCCCCAUGCAAAGUGUUCAGAAAAUGUAGCUGUUGAAUAAUUUGUUGGAUGCUUCUUAAUUAGCACAAAAUGUUCCUCGCUGCCUCUGUAACACAUUGAGAUUCUUCUUUUAUGUGCGUGGAAUGACCACCUAAAGGCCACGCUCGCUUGGAAUUUUGCUUUCAUUUCCUCUUGAUUUCUUUACCGAAAAUGUAUAAAUUUUUCAUUUUCUCA